CAAUCCGGUCUGUGUGAGAGCUGCUAGAGUCCCGGCCCGCACAUUCGGCUGCCAGGCACAUAUAAUGGAACGGGCUGUUAAAGAGAAUCUUCCUUCUAAUGUCAAGGUUUUCCACCCCACAAUGGAGGGUCCCAAACGUAUCCCAGUUACCCAGCCUCCGAGCACCCAGGUUAGACCUCCUGGGACUGCCGUCUCUGCCCAGAGGAUAUUGGGUCCCUCCAAUGUGCCACAGCGAGUCGUGUCUCAGGCUCAGAAACCUGUUAUGUCCGCUCAGAAACCUGUUAUGUCCACUCAGAAGCCAAUGACUCAGGGGCCACUGAGGCCAGUAACUCAUGGGCAUCAGGCUGGCAAACCACAGGGACCAAAUGAGAAUCGUACUCCACAGCAGACCAGCCAUUCCUCCACUCCAAACGUGGAGAAGAAAGGAAGCACCGAUCAAGGAAAGACUCUGGCUGUUCCCAAAGAGGAGGGCAAAAAGAAACAGUGGUGCCUGGAAGACUUUGAGAUUGGGCGCCCCCUGGGCAAAGGGAAGUUUGGGAACGUGUAUCUGGCGCGCGAGCGGGAGAGUAAAUUCAUCCUGGCGCUGAAAGUCCUGUUUAAAACUCAGCUGGAGAAGGCAGGGGUAGAGCACCAACUGCGGAGGGAGGUGGAAAUUCAGUCCCAUCUCAGGCAUCCAAACAUCCUCCGGCUAUAUGGGUACUUCCAUGAUGCCGCCCGAGUCUACCUAAUCCUGGAUUAUGCCCCCGGCGGGGAGCUGUUCCGAGAGCUGCAGAAAGUCACCAGAUUUGAUGAGCAGAAGAGCGCCUUGUACAUCAAACAGCUGGCAGAAGCCCUCCUGUACUGUCACUCCAAGAACGUGAUACACCGGGAUAUCAAGCCAGAGAACUUGCUGCUCGGUGCCAACGGGGAACUGAAGAUCGCUGACUUUGGUUGGUCUGUGCACGCGCCGUCCUCCAGGAGGACCACUCUGUGCGGAACCCUGGACUAUCUCCCUCCUGAGAUGAUUGAGGGCCGAAUGCACGACGAGAAGGUGGACUUGUGGAGCCUGGGAGUCCUCUGUUAUGAGUUCCUUGUAGGGAAACCUCCAUUUGAGACUGACACCCACCAGGAAACCUACAGACGUAUUUCAAAGGUUGAAUUUCAGUAUCCUUCGUAUGUAUCGGAAGGAGCCAGAGAUCUCGUAUCGAAGCUGUUAAAGCACAACCCAAACCACAGGCUGUCCCUGAAGGGGGUUCUCGAACAUCCGUGGAUCAUAGAUAAUUCUGCUCAAAAGCCCAAGAGGAAAGAGGGGCCGGUUACAGGGGCUCAAUAGGAAAUCCCCUGUGGAUCUUUACUUUCCCAAAUGUGAGAAGGCACAGCAAUUUGCACCUGCUGGAUACCCCCCUGCCCUGUUUAAUGGGGGGGGGGGGGGGUCACAAUCUGGCAACUCACAGCUCAGUAUUUGCUUAUUGACUCCAACACAAGGCAAUGUACCAUGGAACACUCACCGCCUUGCGUGCCUUUUGUGAAUGGGACUAGACUGCCUGAUCUGGAACGACGGGUUCUUUAAAGGGGCCACGAGGCCCGGUGCUUUAUAACUUCUAUCGUCACAAACCACUGCUCUGCUACUGGCACAGGUUCCCUUUACUAUGGAUGUUUAACCCCAGAUGCGGCAGUUAUAAAACUGUAUACGCACUGACAACUAAAAUCUGCCGGUUCCGACACCACUGAUUGAUUAUACAGAGAUUGUAAGGUUUCCUUGGCCGGUGCAAUAGUGAUGUGAAUGCCUUGGGUAUAUUUAUUAGGCUGCUAAUAUGGCUGUCCCAUUACACAGCUGCUCUGAAUACUGAGAGAAUGAAUUCAGUGUAAAUACCUAUUCUGUAUCAACUUAUAUCUCGUCUGUCCUUUUAUGUGUUAACAACACUUUUUAGAAAAGCAUAAAAAUCUGUUCUAAGAUGCUCCCUUUUCUUUCUGUGUUUUAAAAUAAAGCUGAUUGAAAAAGUUA